AUGAUGUCAGACAGAAUAAAGGAACUGGAAUUGCUUCUUGCUGAUACACAGGUUCAACUGGUUGAGACUGCUCAAGAAAUUCGAUUGGAGAGAGAUGAGGGCAAAUCUGUCAGCUUCGUGGCGACAAAAGACAAGGAAAGUGUUUCGAACACUAGAUGUAUCGCAGUUGGUGAUUAUGAUGUUUAUGAAGAUGCAGUAGAGACUUCUUCGCUACCGUUUGUAUCUUGGAUAUUACUUUGGAAAUCGUUGGAAUUUGUCAAGAUUUCAAUCAAGUUUGUGGAUGCAUGUAGCGUUUUUUUGGUUCGUCAAAGCGAAAACAGGGACACGACUUUGAACAAUGAUGUUUCGUCUCCUAAAUCACUCAUAAGGUUGACUGCAUUUGCUUGUUUAUUUUCAGUUGCUUUAGACCAAUUGGGAAUUAGACGAGUUUUUCAUUACUGGGGCUACAUUUUUAAAGGAGAAGAGAAAUUUAGGCGAGCAUUUUCGUAGCU